AUGUCUAUCCCGUACAGGCUGGGGGUGCUGCCGAGGCGCCCCGUCGUCGACGCAUCGCCCCUUGGCCUCGUCCGGGCCAGCCCGUUCAGCACGGCGGCAGCUCGGAGAGACGUGUACAGGCGCGUGGUGCGCGACAGCAUCAAGAGCUCAAACAGGAAUAACAAGGACUCCUCGCUGUCAAAGGGUGCGCGGGAUGCCACGCUGAUGCAGCUGCGAGACGGAUCGAUGCCCAUGUUUCCCACAACAUUCGUAUCCGCGCCGAUAACACAAUACCCCCUCAACCCUUCGGAUUUCUUAUCGUAUCAGUGGCAGCGGACCAAGGCGUGGCUGACGGGGUGGUUCGCCCUGCUGGGCGUCAAGGUGGACUCGAUGGGUAACAAGUGGACGACCAAGACCAAGUUCAAGGUGCGCCGGGGCAAGAUCGCGCCCACGGCCAAGGCCAUGCACCGGGAGCUCCUGGAGGCCUUCGCGGCCGGGGACAAGGAAACGAUCAAGAAGCUGUGCCUGCCCGCCUACGCCGAGCAGUUCGUGCGCGCCAUCGAGCGCCGCGACCGCUCCGAGCGCCUCUCCUUCGAGCUCGUCAAGUAUAACCACACCCUGGCCUACCCGAGCCUCCGCUCCCACUUGAUUGGCAACAGCAACAUGUAUGACACGACCACCCUUACCGAGCAGGCCGUCGUGGCCAUCGCCUCCACCCAGAAGCUGGCCAAGUACAGCGCCUCGACCGGUGAGGUCAUACCCGGUUCUGUCAAGGUAAAGGACCAGAUCGAGCAUAUCGUCCUGUGGAGGGACGUAAACGCCAAGACCUACGAGACCGGACCCUGGCGCAUAUGGGGCAACACAAACGUUACUACCCUCGAUGUCGUGCGCAAGAGGACUGAGUUUUGGAACAAGGAGCAGGCCAAGCUUGCUGGGUGGAAGACUGACUGA